GUGAGUGAGAGACUAAGUAGCAACCACAUUCCUCCUUCUCCCUUUCAACCAUACGUCUCUCAGUCCCCGCCAUAAAACUUCCUUCCUGCCCUGGGUGUCUUUCUCCUGAUGGCGGUGAAGGAGGGUGAGGGCGAAGGAGGUGUCUGAGGCCUCAUUCUCGUCCCUGUCCUCGAGUGGUAACUUCAAAGCCGCCUUCGAGGACGAGGUGUGGUGGUGGUGUAGUGGUGGUGGUGAGCGGUAGUUUACCCCCCUGAAGUGGCUGACGAAGGGACUUAAAAUCUGAAGGAGACACGAAGGAUUUUUGAGUGAGUGUGUAUUCCGCCUUAUUGCUUCUGAGAGUGAGCGAUACAUGAGACAUCCUGACGAAGGCGCUGCCGAAGAAGCACGGAGACGCGAUAAACAAAAAGUGAAUUUACGUUUUGUUAUCUAGUCUUGGUGUGAUAGUGUUGUAGCGAUCGUGGUGGCCGUGGCAGGAGCGGUAAAGGAGUUCAGUUCCUGUAGGAGACGCAGCCGAAGUCCACGACGGAGAAACGGUGAGAAAACGUGUAGGUCCGAACGAUAACAAUUGGAAAACGAGGCAAUGAAGUUCUGAAAUCGACACAAAACGAAGUACAAAGUUUCAAAGAAUCAACUGAGAAGAAAUUUUGAGUGCUGAGGUGCUGCGAGAAACGGAGAGGAUUGAGAAGCACUGAAAGAAGUUAUAGAAGUUUUGUGAAGUGCUGAAAAGAUACAGAAGUCCUAAGAGGCUGCACAGAAGUAGAUACAAGACACAAAAAGAACUAGAGAGGUAAAGAAAAGUGGUCAGAGGUGUUUUCAGAAGAGGUACUGAGAGAAACUAAAUGAAGAAAGCGCUAAAAGAGUAAGGUGUUGAGAGGAACUGAAGAGAAGAGCUGGAAAGGUGCUGUGAGGGACUGAUAAGGAGCUGAAGAGGUGCUGGUGGUGGUGGUGGUGGUGGUGGUAGAUAGGCCAAGGAGGAACCACCAAGAUGAGGGAGAUCGUUCACAUUCAAGCUGGUCAAUGUGGAAACCAAAUAGGCUCAAAGUUCUGGGAGGUGAUCAGUGACGAGCACGGCGUCCAGCCCAACGGUCAGUACCAGGGAACCCACGACAUCCAGCUGGAGAGAAUCAAUGUCUUCUAUAACGAGUCCUCAGGGGGAAGGUUCGUGCCCCGGGCUAUCUUGGUGGACCUGGAACCCGGGACAAUGGAUGCCGUCAGGACCUCCCCUUAUGGUCCUCUCUUCAAGCCUGAUAAUUUCGUCUUCGGUCAGACGGGCGCCGGCAACAACUGGGCGAAGGGCCAUUACACGGAGGGCGCCGAACUGGUGGACUCCGUGCUGGAAAGUACAAGGAAGGAGUGUGAGAGUUGCGAGUGUUUGCAGGGGUUCCAGCUGGCUCACUCCCUCGGGGGCGGCACGGGGUCUGGCAUGGGCACACUACUCCUCAGUAAGAUCCGAGAGGAGUUCCCCGACAGGAUCAUGAACACCUUCUCAGUUGUUCCCAGCCCGAAGGUGUCGGACACGGUGGUGGAGCCUUACAACGCGACUCUCACCGUGAACCAGCUGAUCGAGAACACGGACGAGACUUAUUGCAUUGACAACGAGGCGCUCUACGACAUCUGCUUCAGGACACUCAAGCUCACCACGCCCACCUACGGGGACCUUAACCACCUCGUGUCCCUCGCCAUGUCCGGAGUCACCACCUGCCUGCGGUUUCCAGGACAGCUGAACUCAGACCUUCGUAAACUAGCGGUCAACAUGGUUCCCUUCCCUCGCCUACAUUUCUUCAUGCCGGGUUUCGCGCCCCUCACGGCCCGUGGAGACAAGGCCUUCCGCGCUCAGACUGUGCCAGAACUAACUUUCCAACUGUUUGAUGCCAGAAACAUGAUGUGUGCGUGUGACCCCAGACAAGGCAGGUAUCUGACGGUGGCGAUGGUGUUCAGGGGCCGGAUGUCCAUGCGAGAGGUGGAUGAACAGAUGCUAAACGUACAGAACAAGAACAGCUCCUUCUUCGUGGAGUGGAUACCCAACAAUGUCAAGACGGCAGUGUGUGAUAUUCCGCCCCGGGGCUACAAGAUGUCGGGAACUUUCAUUGGCAACACGACAGCGAUCCAAGAACUGUUUUUACGAAUCUCUGAACAGUUCUCUGCCAUGUUCCGGCGGCGCGCGUUCCUUCACUGGUACACGGGGGAAGGCAUGGACGAGAUGGAGUUCACUGAGGCUGAGGCGAACGUGAACGACCUGAUGUCCGAGUACCAGCAAUACCAGGAGGCGAUGGCUGACGACUUCGGUGAGGACGAGGGCGACGACGACGAGGACGAGGACGAGGAGGAGGAGGAGGAGGAGGAGCAGCAGCAGGAGGAGGACAAUAAUUACUUAGAGAACGGAGAGGAAGGGCACAGUAACGACGAGGAAGGGAGUGCUGAUGACGAUGAGCAGGAGCCAUGAAGGAAUGCAAAGACUGAAGAAUUACAGGCAUGAAAUGUAAAGAGAAAUAUGAUCCGUCCAAAUGCGUAUAUUUUCCGUCCUCUGGUUAUGCAAAUGGAAAAACAUAGAGUCAUACAUACUGAGACUUUUUUUUAAUGAGGGCAAAGCUAAUUACAAUAAAUUAAAUAAAGAAAACAGAGAGAGAGAGAGAGAGAGAGAGAGAGAGAGAGAGAGAGAGAGAGAGAGAGAGAGAGAGAGAGAGAGAAAUUGAUUCUUUGUACGCAGUUCUAAAGGAAAAAAAAAUAAAACCUUGCGAAUUUUCACUUCAUUAUGAACCUAAGAAAAAAAAAACAAGAAAAAAAUAAAGAAAACUAAAACAACAAUACUCAUACUCUCCGUACAUUAUCAUCAUUUGAAAGCAAUGCAAGUCUAUAAAAUGACACCUGUGUAUUCUCGCCCUUGUCACAAUAUACUACUCGAAGUGCUGUGUAUCUUAAUUCUACUGCGGCUGUGCGUGGCUGUGGGAAUACAGUGCUUCCAACACAACCCCUGCCGCGUGUGUUGUCUCCUUGCAGCGAUUGGUGGAAAUGUAUCGUUUAUUAGUCCAUAUUAGUCUGUAUUAGUCCUAUUCGAUUCACAGGCAUGGCAUUGACUGGAUUUGGUGAUAUCACUAUUUGGGGCAGCUUUCGUUAUUCAGUACGUUAUUGACCAUACCUGUGCUUUAAGGAGCCUAUUUUCUUCAAUCAUACUUGUUUUUCAUAAAUCUCAUGCUGUUUUAUGUUAUAUAUGUUGUUAUUUGUUGUUUCUGCUAUCGUAACGAGGAAAUAAGAGGCCACUAAGCCCUGAGUCUUGUUAAUCUGACGUAUCAAAUACUUUACUUUACCUUACCUAACCUUACCUAACCUGCCUACGUAGUCUGAUCCAAGUUCAUGAUGGUUUGAAGCGAGACGAGAAGCUAAAGUCUUCAGUUAAACCAGCAAAGAUAUGCAUCGACAUCUUUGUUGCAGUGAGCUAUGUUCUAGCGUUGAAUGCCGUACAGUUAAUGAUGACGUAGGGAGGAGGCUGAGAAGCUGACAGGCAAUAUAAAAAUGUGUGUUUCCAUCACCUACAUGUUCACUGCAGCAUCCAGUAUUUAUUUAUACCUAGAUCCAAUUCUGACAGGCAACAGCAGCUUUUACUUUUUCUUUCCUUGGUGUUCUAGCAAUGUGGUGACGUAAAAAGUACGACAGUGAGCAAAUAAAUAUAAUAAAACUGUACGACACUAAACCAAAUAGAGAAACGUGUUCGAAUGUU